AUGGAGAUUGUUAGUAUGCCAAUUAAAAUUGUUUGUCCAUCUGUUGAGGACUUGAGUGUCAUUAUCAAUCAAGUUCAAUGUCCAACAUGCAACGCGAUGUUCAAGAAUCAUUCACAAUUUAGAAUGCACGAUUUAAAAGUGCAUAAGCAGCAAAAAUUGGAUAAGUGCCACAAGGAAAACAUACAGUAUCAUUGUCCUGUUGAUAACUGUGUUUAUAGUGUUGAAAAUCAAAAGCAUUUUAAGCUAUACAAGUAUUUAAAACAACACUACCUAAAAGUACAUGCUGUCAAGCAAUUUACGUGUGUUAAAUGCACAAAAAGUUUCUCAACCAAUGCUGCCAAAGAGGCUCAUUUGAAAAUUUGUGGUAUGAACUUUACUUGCAGGUGUCAAAAAGUUUACAAUAGUUAUGAAGCUCUCUUGACACAUGCCAAAAGAAAAUCUCAUAAAAUAGAUCAAAUUUACAAACUUACCAAGAAUAAAAAUAAAGUCGCUAAUAAAGAAAAAGCAUAUACCAAGUUAAUUUAUAUAUUACCAAAGCCAACAUGUGACGUCGCUGUUCAGACUGAAGAAACGAUCAAAAAGAAACCAAAGUGUCUUGAAUGUGAAAUUCCUAGAAAGCAAAUUGGCAGGCAAACUCAAACAAAUGAUGCCACAAAAGACAACCAAAGUAAAAUAUGUGCUGAAACUCAAACAGCUACGAUAAUUCCUGGACUAAUCAGAGUACACGAGGAGAUAAAAUAUAAAAAAAUUGAUGAACAAUCUAUUGAAAGCGAGGAAAUUAUCCCCCUUCAAACUGAAUCACCUAAACACUUGCUACCAGACAGUCUGUUGGUCCUUGAACAAGACGUGGAUUUAAAAGACAUAUGGGAAGAACCUGUCAAAAGUUCUUUUACGUUUACAUCAGGUACCCAAACAAGUCCAGAAAAAAAUGCGUUUGACGUACGUGAGGACCACGUUGGGCUGUAUCCUAUGUAUCAUAGAUCAUCCAAAUCAGAUCCAAUGCUGACAGAAAAAAUAUACUCUGACAAAUUUAAUAGCACAGAAACACAAACCGAGGAAGAGUAUUGCCGAUCCAUUUUCGAAAGUGAUCCAUUGAGCUCCAAUAACGAGACACAGACUCCUGAAAACUUUACGGAAUCGAUGGAGCCUCUUAUUUGUAACGAUACGUGCACUCAAACGUGUGAAGAAAUUUUUUCAUCAGCAUUGUCAGAUAUUCAAACCCAAACAGCGUGGAGUCAUUCAGGUGAAAUUUCGGCAUCUGUUGAAUCUCGAACAAAAAUUUCAAAAUGUUCCAACUGUAGUGAUUCAAUUACGAUUCACAUGGAAACGCAAACAGAUUUAUUAGAUAUGUUUGAAGAUUUAAGAUAA